GUCCGCUCAGCGCUCCAUUUCAGUCCUUCUUGUUCUGUGUUCUGUUCGCUCUCCGUCCGCUCUCACCUGUUUACACCAAAUUUACCGAAGAAGAAGAAGAAAUGGGAACGCCUUGAUUUAACGCCUUCAACUCCGACAGUUGGACCUCUGGAGGACCUCAAGUCACGAGCGUCCAGAAGAGAGAGAAUAAGAGAAAACAGUGAUCAGACUACAUGUCCCAGAAACCCCUGUGAGAGCUUCUCGCCCGUGUUUCCACUCUCCCUCCGUCCGGUUGGUUGGAUGAGUCCCAAACAGCAACAGAACUGUGAGCAGUGAUUGGGCGCUGAGCCGGACCGGGUAGCCAACGGGAAGCCAGGCUAGCCAUCAUGGCGGACGUGGACCCAGACACCCUGCUGGAGUGGCUGCAGAUGGGGCAGGGCGACGAGCGGGACAUGCAGCUCAUCGCUCUGGAGCAGCUCUGCAUGCUGCUGCUCAUGUCUGACAACGUGGACCGCUGCUUUGAGACCUGUCCCCCUCGGACGUUCCUCCCGGCUCUUUGUAAGAUCUUCCUGGACGAGAGCGCUCCGGACAACGUGCUGGAGGUCACGGCCCGAGCCAUCACCUACUACCUGGACGUGUCGGCGGAGUGCACACGGAGGAUCGUGGGAGUGGACGGGGCCAUCAAGGCGCUGUGCAACCGGCUGGUGGUGGUGGAGCUCAACAACAGGACCAGCAGAGACCUGGCUGAGCAGUGUGUGAAGGUGCUGGAGCUGAUCUGUACCCGGGAGUCUGGCGCCGUGUUCGAGGCCGGCGGUCUGAACUGUGUGCUGAGCUUCAUCAGAGACAGCGGCCACCUGGUCCACAAAGACACGCUGCACUCGGCCAUGUCUGUGGUGUCCCGGCUCUGCAGCAAGAUGGAGCCUCAGGACUCGUCUCUGGAGACCUGCGUGGAGUCUCUGUCCAGCCUGCUCAAGCACGAGGACCACCAGGUAUCGGAUGGUGCACUGCGCUGCUUCGCCUCAUUAGCCGACAGGUUCACCCGCCGCGGCGUAGACCCCGCCCCUUUGGCCAAACACGGGCUGACGGAGGAGCUGCUGUCCCGCAUGGCGGCCGCCGGCGGCACAGCGUCGGGCCCCGCCUCCUCCUGUAAGCCCGGCCGGACCUCGACAGGCGGCGCCCCCUCGGCGCCGGACUCCAAGCUGAGUAACCAGGUGUCGACCAUCGUCAGCCUGCUGUCCACGCUGUGCAGAGGGUCGCCGCUCGUCACUCACGACCUGCUGCGCUCGGCGCUGCCCGACUCCAUGGAGUCCGCUCUGGGUGGAGACGAGCGCUGCGUGCUGGACACCAUGCGGCUGGUGGACCUCCUGCUGGUUCUGCUGUUCGAGGGUCGCAAGGCGUUGCCCAAGUCCACGGCCGGGUCCACGGGUCGGAUCCCCGGACUGAGACGCCUCGACAGCUCUGGAGAGAGAUCACACCGACAGCUCAUCGACUGUAUCCGUAGCAAAGACACCGACGCUCUCAUAGACGCCAUCGACACCGGAGCCUUUGAGGUGAACUUUAUGGACGACGUUGGACAGACGCUGCUCAACUGGGCUUCAGCUUUCGGCACACAGGAAAUGGUGGAGUUUCUAUGUGAGAGAGGAGCGGACGUCAACAGAGGUCAGAGGUCAUCUUCACUACACUACGCUGCCUGUUUCGGACGCCCACAAGUAGCCAAGGUAACAGACAUACACACACUCACUCACACACACACACACACUCUCUCACUGUACUGACGUUAUCUGUAAGGAUGUGGUGCAUAGGAGAGAGCUCUGCUUCAUGUACAAUGAUAUAGUAAGUGCUCUGUAUAAAGACAGUAAGCCCCACUACAAGCAUCAAAAUAAGACCCAUAACAUCAAACCUGGCUGGAACGAGUAUGUAGCCGAGUAUCGUGCUGAAGCCUGUGAAGCUUUCAAAUCAUGGGCUCUAGCUGGUAGACCCAGACAAGGGCCAGUGCUUGAGUACAAGAAGCUCACCAAUGCUAGAUAUAAGUAUGCCAUACGCUUCAUUUGCAAAAAUGAUCAAGCCAUGAGGGCUGACUCCAUGGCCAAGAAGCUGCUAAGCAACAACGUUGUUGAUUUUUGGAAAGAAGUGAGAGCUCUUAACUGUAAAACAUCUUUACCAUGCACUAUAGAUGGAAUCUCAGGAACAGACAACAUUGCUGAGUUAUGGCGACAGCAUUAUAGC